UAUAGGCGUCAUGGAGACCGCCGCGUGUGUCUGCUCUCCCUGCUGCACGUGGCAGAGAUGCUGUCCUGAGCUGUGCUCCUGUCUGUGCUGCAAGUUCCUCUUCACCUCUGAGCGGAACUGCACGUGUUUCCCCUGCCCCGACAAGGACGAGCGCGACUGCCAAUGCUGCCCCAGCACCUGCGCCGAGAACCCCAACCGCCACUGGUGCUGCUGCUCCUGGGCCAACGACCCCAACGGCAAAUCGUGCACAGCCAGCAGCGACCUGCGCUGCUGCUACUACGAGAGCUGCUGUUGCCACGGGGCCACAGUCGCCUUUCCCCGGGGCCGCCUGCGCAGCAUCCGCACCUCCUCCAAGACUGCCCUGCGCAUCAGGAGCAGCAACACCCAGGUGGAGGAUGUGAAGACUAUGCCAGUGAGCAGCCACCUGGUGCACCAUCUCUCGUGCCCCAGGUGCAAUCGGCUGCGCCUCCACUCCUUCAUGCUGCCCUGCCACCACAGCCUGUGUGAGAAGUGCCUGCGGCAGCUGCAGAAACAUGCCGAGGUCACAGAGAACUUUUUCAUCCUCAUCUGCCCUGUGUGCAGCCGCUCGCACUGCAUGCCCUACAGCCACAAGAUGCAUCUGCCCGAGAACUACCUGCGCGGGCGCCUCACGAAGCACUACAUGCAGCAGCAUGGCUACCUCAAGUAGCGCUCUGACUGCUCCACCGGGCCCACCCUCUGUCAGGUCUGCUGCAGCCGGCGAACCGCCUACAAGCGCUGCAUCACCUGCCGCCUCAACCUAUGCAACGACUGCCUCAAGACCUUCCACUCGAACAUGGCCAUGCAGGACCAUGUCUUCGUGGACACCAGCACCAAGGACCAGGACGAGAAGGUCUGCAUCCACUACCCAUCCAGACACAUCAUUGAGUACUGCCACAAUGACAACAAACUGCUCUGCACCUUCUGCAAGGCCACCCUCCACAACGGCCAUGACACUGUCAGCCUCAUCGACGCCUGCUCCAAGAGGGCCAAGUUCAAAGCAGUCCGAUGUGAAAUUGACAAUGACCUGAUGGAAUUCAACAUUUUAAAAAUCAGCUUCAAAGCUGACAAGGAGGUAAAGCAAAGAGAGAUCAGAAAUGGAUUUCUCAAGCUGUGCAGCAUUCUACAGGAGAAAGAGAAAGUCAUCAUGGAGCAGAUAGAGAAUCUAGAAGUGUCCAGGCAGAAGGAGAUUGAAAAAUAUGUGUACAUCACAACCACAAAAGUGAAUGAAAUGGAUGGCUUGAUCGCCUACUCCAAGGAGGCCCUGAAGGAGACAGGCCAAGUGGAGUUCCUGCAGUCGGCCAAGAUGCUGAUGGACCAGAUCAAGGAUGGCAUCGAGAGCACCUUCAGGCCCGACCCACAGCUCCGGCUACACUCCUUCCACUAUAUGCCCUUGGACUUCACCAAGCUCUCCAGUGCCAUCCACAAGCUCUUCCCCACAGGACCCAAAAAGCUGUGCCCUUCAGGGGACUCCCUGCCCUCCUGCUACCCCGUGCACUCGGAAACGGUGAUUGCCAGGAAGGUCACCUUCAGCACCCACAACUUCGGCAACCAGCAGAUCUACCAGUGAAGCACCUCCUUGAUGUCUUUCAGUGCCCCUGGUGGCAAGAAGUCCAAGAUGGGUCUGGAGGCGUCUGGGCGAGCCCAGUCAGCCACAGCUGCCAAACCCACAGAUGGCCUCUACACCUACUGAAACACAGGGGCAGAAGGCGAGCCUGUGCAGAGUGGAGGAAGCUUCCACAGCUGGUACGCAUUCAGUGAUGGCUCUGUGAGAACCCCAGGCCCCAUUGUUAUCUACCAGGCUCUGGUGUAUCCCCGAGCUGUCAAGUUAGUUUACUGGACAUGCCCAGCAGAAGAUGUGGUCUCUUUUGAGAUGGAAUUCUAUGAACUCAUUAAUUCCCCACCUAACAAUGUGCAGGCAGAGUUCUGUGGACAAAUUCAGGACAUAAUGCAGCAGAAUGUGGAGCUGCACAACCUGACCCCCAACACUGAAUAUUUUUUUAAAGUUAGAGCCAUCAACAAUAAAGGUCCUGGGCAAUGGAGUGACAUCUGCAAGAUGCUCGGCACAUGGACAGGCAUGGAGAGACUGAAGUGUGUCAGCCUUUUUUAGGCAGGUGUUUUGCCAUCACUCUGAAACUCUGAACUCCUUAAGAACAAAAUUUUUGUCUAAUUUAUCUUUCUUUCUCCACAGUGCUUACCACAGCUUUGUGCAUAUAGCUGGCUCUUAAUGGUUAUUGAAUGAAUACAUGAGUGAAAAUGUGACCAAACAAAUGAACAGAUGAAUGAAUGUCUAAGGAGUGAAGAAAUAAAUUGAUAAAUAAAAUUAAUAAUUAAAAAGUGCCAUAAGAUGUCUGAAAGCUGUUAACUGUGUUACAUAGUCAGUCAAGACAUAUUUCCACCUGAAAUUGUGUUUACAUGAUUAAUUUGUACUUCCUAAAAAGGAAACUCAUUCCAGUUUCUUUGCUUUUUUCACACAAUUUCUAAAUGAGCAGAGCACUAAUUAAUGAGGUUUUCUAGAAGCUUCAUUUUUAUCUGACUUGCAGGGCUGCAAUAUAGAUUUUUCCUUCAGAAGUAAUUCUCCUCCCUUUGUGAUUGUAUUAGCAUUCCAGGAGAAACACAGGUUUCCUUAACAUUUGUCAUGAUUUGCAUAAGUAAAGGCUUCAGUGGCAAAUGAAAAAAAGAUGGUGUGUUUGAAUGACAUUUAUAAAGCUUCAUAAAAGUAAUGACUUCAGCUCUUUCCUAUAAAAUCGAAAUAUUUUUCCAUUGGCAUCAGUUCUCUGCAGAUAUUCCUGAAAGGUUUCAUUUAAAAUGCUGUAAUGAGGCAGCAGAAUCAUUUCUUAUCCAAAAUACAAUAUUUCCCUCAUAUGUACUUUUGUAAAGGAAGUGAAAUAACACCUUUUAUAUUUGAUUUUCAUAGUCUGUGGCUUGCUGAUUAUUUAAAGGAUUUUAUUUGAACUAUAUAAUACACAAAGCAUGAAAACUAACUUCAAAGCUUUUUAAAGGUACGAUUUAUUAAAGGCCAACUUGGUGUCAGCAACUGUAUAUUCAUUACCACACUCAUCCCAAUUGCUUGGAAGGCAGGAAGUUAUUGCCUCUGUUUUACAGAUGAGGAAACUGAGGCUCAGAGAGAGAAAAUGGCCUUCUAGAAUUUGAAGAAGGUGCUGAGGGGGAACCUAGGUCUCAUCCAAUAUGGGAGCUGUGUCCCCCUGCACUGUAAUCAGACACAGCUAAGUCUGGGCAGGUGGGCUGAGCCAUGGGGACCUGCCACCUCACUCUGGCAGGAUGUUGCUAAAGCAACAGCAGUGACAGUAGAACUAUUUUUUUUUUGAGAGAAGAUCAUGCAUUGAAAAGAGCACUGGACUUGGGCUGGUGUACGUGAGUCCAAGGCCCGGUUCCACUAGUCUGUAUGCUCUGUGAGAACAGGUACCAUGUUGGCCUUAUUCAUCUCUUUUGGGCCAUGGACCCUAGUUGAGAGCCUUUAACACCCAAGAGCCUAAUUGAUAUUUUUGAAGGGAUGGAGAAAUGUGUUUUUAGCAGGUCAUGUACCCUUUGGCCUCAAAAGUCAUGUACCUUUUUCUCCUCCUGCUCUUCCUCUAGUCCUUGGUGUACCUGCUGACCACCAUCCCUGUUUCUGAAAAUAGUCUCCUUGCUUUGAUUGGUUCUGUCUGACUUCAAAUCUCAGCUAGCUUCCAGGAAAUCUUCCCAUGUCUAAUCUAACUUUCCCUCUGUGCAUUGUUUCCAGUUGCUACUGUAAUAAAUUAGUCAUUUAAACAAUACAUACUUAUUAUCUUACAAUACUGUAGAUCAAAAGUCCAAAAUUGGUGUCACUGGGCAAAGGCAUGGUGUGAGCAGAGCUGUGUUCCUUCUGGAGGCUCUAUGGGAAAAUCCAUUUCCUUGCUUUUUCCAGCUUAUAACAGCCACCAUCCUUCCUUGGCUCAUGGCACCUUCACUUUCAAAGCCAGCAGCAUUAGGCUGAGUCCCUCCUAAGUCCUUCUUCUGCCUCCCUCUUCCGCUUUGACAGACUCUUGUGAUUACAUUGGACUGACAUGGUGAUUCAGGAUAACCUCCCUAUCUUAAAGCCAGCUGAUUAGCAACCUUAAUUACCCGUUGCCAUGUAACAUAACAUAAUCAUAAAUUCAGUGAUUAGGACACGGAUGGGGGAGGGGUGCAUUAUUCUUCCUACCUCAAUCUGUAAACCAGAUGCCCCAGAUUACAUCAGAUUUGGAGAUAAAAAUUUAGGCUCCACAUAGUCACACACUGAUUCUGUUCUUGGUCUUUCCCCAUGGGGAAAUGCUCUUUAGGAAAUGCACAACCCCUGCCCCCACCCAUCUUCUCAAAUCCCUUCUCAGUCUGUACUGCAGAUCCCCAUGUGUCUCACGUAUGCUCGGGAAGUAGCUCUGCCAGCUACCCUAAGUCCUGUGAAAGGUGCAUCAGGCUUGAACUCUAGCACACAGGAGGAAUGCCUGGCCAUGCUGGUAAACUUAGCUUGGUUUCAUGAAAUCCCCCUUCUGGUUUUUCCCCUGUUCCUACUGCAGACCCUCUCCUAGGCAGAGAUGCACUUCUCAGGGUUUGGAGUUGGAAAGCAAUCUGAGUGACCGAUCUUGUUUCACACUCAGAAUGCCCCAAACCUACCCCCUACCUACCCACAUCUCACAGUGCCUCCAGGCCCUGAAAUGAAAUCAAAUUGUUUGCACUUUGUCUCCUCAGGAUUCAUUCUUUUCCAAAGAGCAACUUGAUCCUUCAUGUAAAUAAAGCCUUACUGAUCCCUCCACCCUUACCCCGUAGAGGCUUGACACUCAGAGCAAGGAUAAUUUAGGUUCCAGCUGGACCUAUUGUUUUUAGCCUCAUAACAGAGGGUUGAAUUAACUAUACACCUCAGUUCAUGGUCCCUUAUCAACACUUGUCUAUACAAGGUCCUUUUCUUGUUUACAUACGCAUUCCCUUUAGUGACCAUUUCUCCCUAGAUGUCCAUUCUGAUGUGUUUUCUGUGUAUCUUUUUGCUGUAAGUGCUCCUACAAGUGUGUUUUGUUUUGAAUGUGUUGUUAAUGUGCACAAGUAGUAUUGCGUUACCUGUCUUACAUUGCUUUUUACCUUUUCCUCCCAAAUACUGUUUCUAUGGUCCACCCAGUUGUUAUGCACACUUACUCCCUUACUCCUAAAGCCUAUUCCUUCACAGUACACAUUUGUUCACCACACUUUAUCUGUCUACUCAGCCAGGAUGGAUACCCAGGUUACCUUCAAUAAUGCUGCAGUGAAUUGCCUCAUUCAUGACUCUUAGUGGGUGGGACAAGGGUGCGAGCAUUUCUGUGGGAAAUCAUAUUAGUUUCCUAGGGCUGCUAUAUCAAAAUGCUACAGAUGGGGUGGCUUAAACAGCAGAAAUUGAUUGUCUCACAGUUCUGGAAUCCAGAAGUCCAAAAUCAAGGUUCCAGCAAACCUGGUUUCUCCUGAGGCCUCUCUCUCUUUAGCCUGCAGACAUCUGCCUCUCCCUGUGUCCUCACAUGACCUUUGCUCUGUGUGAGUGCCCCUCUGGUGUGUCUCUGUGUCCAAAUUUCCUCCUCUUAUAACGACACCAGUCAGAUUGGAUGAGAUCCCACUCUAAUGACCUCAUUUUAACUUCAUCACCUCUUCUAAGGUUCUAUUUCCAAAUGCAGUUACAUUCUGAAGUAGUUGGGCGGUAGGACUUCAACAGAGGAAUUUUGAGAGGACACAGUGCAACCCAACAGAUGUAUACUGGGAGUGAAAUUGCUCGGCCUGGAAGAAUGUGAAUACUUGAUUUGACUGCCUACACAUAUACUUCAUAAGAAAUGAAUGAGGGCCUUCAAAUCCUAAGCCCUCCCUACAUUUAGCAUGAUCCAGUUUUCUAGUAUUUUGCUAGCUCGAUAGGUAUAAACUACUAUCUCCUUAUUGUUUUAAAUUUCAUUUCAUAUGCUUGUUAGUUUUCAGGAUUUUUUCUUCUGUCAAUAGCCUGCUAAAUAAUCUUUGCCCUUUUUUCUAUUGCAUUUUUCUUUUUUAGAGAUUUGCAGUAUGUCCUUAUGAAUUCUAGAUAAUGGCUUUAGGCAUUGCUAAUAUGUUCUCCAUUCUGACAUUUGUCUAUUAACUUUGUUCAUAGUGUACUUCAUGAAACAGCAGAAAUCUUCAAUUUUGAUGUGAUCAAUGUCACCAAUUAUUUUUCCUUAUGGUUUGACCUUUUGAAGUUUUCUUUAAAAAGUCCUCCUGUAUACUUAGAUCACAGAAAUAAUCUCCCACAUAUUCUUCUAUUAACUUUAGAUUCACCUUUCAAAUUUAGGACUUUACUCUGUCUCGAAUCCACCUUUGUAUGCAGAGCUAGGUAGGGAUAUACUUUUUGGCCAUCUGGGGAGCCAUUUUUCCCAAGUAGAUAGUAAAGGUGCUACUUUGAUCUUAUAUUAAAUUGCCGAAUAUCUAGGGAUGUGUCUCCAAGCUCUCCAGUAUAUCCUGUUGGUCUAUUUGUCUAUUCUUAUGUCAAUACCACACGAGUCUUAUUGUUGUUUAACCUCAGUUUUAUGCUAUCUUGAUGAACUGCUACAGUAAGUCUUCCCAUUACCCUUCUUUCUUUUUUUAAGGUUUGUCUCACUAGACAUUUAUAUUCCUUCAUAUAAAUUUUGGAGUAAAUAAAUUAAAUUCCUAAAAUAAAAAUCCAGGUGGAAUUUGAUUAGGUUUGAUUAGGAAGGUCUUGAGUCUCCAUAAUCAAUUAGUAUUUUUGUAAUAUAUCUGACAUUUAUGCAGUUCAUCUUCCACAUGCUUAAUUAGGGCUUUUAAGUCCUGCUCAUAAAGAUACUACAUGUUCCUUUUUAAAUCAGAUAAUUUAUAGUCUCUAUUGAUAUUAUCAAUGUUAUUUUACAUUUGAUUACAUUUUCUAAUAUAUUGCUGGCUUAGAAUAAAGUCUAUUGGUUGUUUGUAGGUUAAUCUUGAGUCCAGCUAUCUCAUAAACUCUCUUAUUAUUAAGAGAAUCUAUCUAUUGAUCCAGUUUGUUUUUCCAUGUAUAUAAUCUUAUCAUCCAUAAAUAACGAUAGUUAUAUCUCUUUCUUUAUGAUCCUUAAACCUCUAUUCCUUUUUCUUUCCUUAUAACUUUGGCCAGGGCCAUGAGUCAUACAGAGAAUGGCAGCCAUAAUAGUUGUUACCCUUGUCUCAUUCCUGAACUUAAUGUUUCUCCACUAAGCUAUGAGGAGUAUUGAUUUAGCUUUUGUGGUGUAUAAUCCUUACUAAGUUAAGGAAAUUUCCUUCCCUUUCUAAAUUUCCGAGAGCUUGUGCGAUCUUAUGGGGUUUUUUUGUAUUGAAACAAUCAUAUGAUUUUACUCUUUUAGGCAUUAAUGAAAUGAAUUACAUUGAUUUUCUGAUGUUAAUCUCUACUUGCAUUUAUGCACUAAAUCCUAUGUGAUCAUGAUGUAUUACUUUUUAACAUACUUGAUUUUAGUUAACUCAUAUUUUAUUUUGAAUUGUUGCAUCUAUGAUCAUAAGUGACUGGACCUAAAAUGUUUUGCUGAUAUUAUUUUUAUCUGGUCCUGGAAUCAUUAUUUUACUAGCUUGAGAAAAUGAGGUACAAAACUCUAGUUCUUUUCCUAUUUUCCAGAACAACUCUUUCUUAAAUUUUGGGAAAAUCCACUUGGAAAACUAUCCAAGAACUUUGGGUGGGGUAGGGGAUGUCAACUAUCAUUUCAAUUUCUUUGGUACCUCAAUUUCUGUUCUCUGUUUCUUCUGUGUUGUUCAUAGACUCACCUCAGUCCCCACCGCACCAUUCACAUGUCACACACAGUCUUUAUCUCUGGAGUAUAUCUCCUGAUUAUACUUUAAGGCAGAACUCAAAUCUCCUAUUUUUUAAAAGCCAAUUCCAUGUCUGUCACAACACUACUAUCCUUUCUUCAUUGACCCCUGAUAGCUCUGUGUGUAUAUCUUACACUGUUUAUAUUACUUUUGUCAGCAUUAUCUCUAUGUGCUAUCUCCACUAAUGUCAUAUGUAAUAAUCCAGCAGUGGGUAAUCUAAUGUCAUAUAUAAUGUAUAUAAAAAGAUCUUUACCUUGCAUGA